CAGCCCUAGUCUCAGGAGCCCCCAAUCUAAGCUUCUGGCGCCUGGCAGACUCUGGGAUGACAUGGCAGUGAGGUGAGCAGGGAGCUGGACGUGAUGUGGGGUGAGGAGGGGGCUGGGGGCAGAGGGCAGGGUCACACAGAGCAGGGUAUAAAUCCCAUAGGGGACAGUCCAUGUCAAACUCAGAUUCAGGGAUCUCACAAGGAUGCUCUCCAUUGACAAUAUGGAACCAAAGGCUUUCUCACUGCUAAUCUCAGCUCUGCUGAUAGCCACAGGUAGGGCGCAUUAUCAUUUAUCAUCUAUAUUAUACUGAUAGAGUGACAUUUAUUUUAUAUAUUAUAUAGAGUGAUAUUUAUUAUAUAUAUUAUAUAGAGUGAUAUUUAUUAUAUAUAUUAUACUGAUAGAGUGACAUUUAUUAUAUAUAUUAUACAGAUAGAGUGACAUUUAUUAUAUAUAGUAUAUAGAGUGAUAUUAUAUAUAUAUAUAUAUAUUAUACUGAUAGAGUGACAUUUAUUAUAUAUAUAUUAUAUAGAGUAAUAUUUAUUAUAUAUAUAUUAUACUGAUAGAGUGACAUUUAUUAUAUAUAUAUUAUAUAGAGUGAUAUUUAUUAUAUAUAUAUUAUACUGAUAAAGUUACAUUUAUUAUAUAUAUAUUAUACUGAUAGAGUGACAUUUAUUAUAUAUAUUAUAUAGAGUAAUAUUUAUUAUAUAUAUAUAUUAUACUGAUAGAGUGACAUUUAUUAUAUAUAUUAUAUAGAGUGAUAUUUAUUAUAUAUAUAUUAUACUGAUAAAGUUACAUUUAUUAUAUAUAUAUAUAUAUAUUAUACAGAUAGAGUGCCAUUUAUUAUAUAUAUAUAUUAUACAGAAAUAGUGACAUUUAUUAUAUAUAUUAUACAGAUAGAGUGACAUUUAUUAUAUGUUAUACAGAUAUAGUGUAAUUUAUUAUAUAUAUUAUACAGAUAGUGUGGCAUUAGUUAUUAAAUGUAUUUUGCAGAUAGCAUAAUGUAUUAAAUACGGUAUAUAUUACAUUAUACAGAUAUAGCAUAAUUUAUUCAAUAUAUCACAGUAAACAGAUAUAGCAUCAUUUAUUGUAUAUAUUAUAAUAUACACAGUGUUAUUUUUUAAAUGGAUUAUAUUAUACAGACGCGUGAUUUAUUAAAUGUGUCAUACAGAUACAGCAUCAUUUAUUCAAUAUGUUACAUUAUACAGUUAUAGUAUCAGGUGAACAUAUCAUUUAUUAAAUGUAUCAUGAUAGACAAUAAUUAUCCCUACGUCCCAUUACUGGCUUUAUUUAAUGGUUAAUAUAGGACUUAACUCUUUAAGUGCUUAUUGAGUGUCUAAUGUAUUUUUAACCAAUUUGGGAAUUUUUAUCCAAUUUGGGAAUUUAAAAAGUUUUUUCUGUAAUUCCAUUAACCGAAUGCGUAAGAAAUCUGUAUCAGCUGUGACAAACGAUUCAAUUUCCUGUUGAUCUAUGAUUUCAAUUCCUGACUCCGCAGAUAAAUCCUGGGAUCGAUUCAUUUGCGCGUAGAUUAAAAGGAAUUGAAUUUGUUCAGGAUACACACACAUCAACGUGUCUCCUGAGCUAAGCAAAGAGCACUUUCCAAAGUCGAGUUGUUUAGUCUCAGACACAGCCAGCCGUUUCUUUCAUCACGUUCUAAUAGACACUCUGUAACUGUCUGAAUGCUAAAAGUCACCACUUGGUCUUUUAAUACCGCUGCUUCGUAAAAGUGUUAAUAAAACCGAGUGCUCCAUGCUUUCUUACAAAGUUAUUUAAUAAAGUGGCAAUUGUGUGGAAUUCAAAGUCAAUUAGACCAAAAUAGCUAAGUUCUUAAAAAUGUGACCUGCCAGUAGAUAACUUAAACAUUUUUUUUUUUAAAUUUGUCUUUGCAUUCAUAAAUGUCAAUGAAUAAUUCAGCUAAGCACGUUGAAAUCUUAAUACUGCAAGGCUGUGUGGACACGUCCAGUGCUUGGUCCUACGGAUAUAUAAGAUGAGAUGAAUAGGUUGUGAUAUUUCACUGAGACUUGGACACAGCUUAAUGAAUGAGUCUGCGAGUCCCGGACGAGGUAUUUUCACUAGAUUCUAAUUUUACAUUUUGAACAAUGAGUCGCUAAGCAAUUCAGGAAGAGUAGAGUGGCCUGCGCACUGCUCGCACACGUUGUAUAUGAGAAAGCUCAAUGGCUGGACGAUAGCGGCUGUAAUUUAUGCCUCCGACAAGUGAACAUCUUGGCCGAUGUCCCAGAUCCAAGGGCUAACACACAGCCAAACUAAAUAUCAUCAGCAAAUGAUGAUCUAGCAAAGAGAUCAGUACAGCGUGGAAAAACCUCAGCAGACAAUCUGGAUCAGCACAUUAUACAGGUUCUAUGAAAUUCCUAAUAGAGUGCAGACAAUCUGGAUCAACACGUACCGAGACAUUAUACAGGUUCUAUUAAAUUCCUAAUAGAGUGCAGACAAUCUGGAUCAAUACAUUAUUCUAAUAAAUUCCUAAUAGAGUGCAGACAAUCUGGAUCAGCACGUACCGAGACAUUAUACAGGUUCUAUUAAAUUCCUAAUAGAGUGCAGACAAUCUGGAUCAAUACAUUAUUCUAAUAAAUUCCUAAUAGAGUGCAGACAAUCUGGAUCAGCACGUACCGAGACAUUAUACAGGUUCUAUUAAAUUCCUAAUAGAGUGCAGACAAUCUGGAUUUAUUACUGAGCUCUAUAUAAUGAUACAGUUAUAUAAAUGGUGUUCUACUGGUUUCUUUUAAUCUUGUUCUAUCCCAUUUGGCAGGCCAUUACAGAUUUUUCUAUAUUGUUGGUAACUCACAGCAGCUGAGCACUUUCUAUACAAUUGUCUAUUAUACAUAUAAUCCGAUCUGAAACCAUGUUAUCUAUUGCACGAGAUUUACCGAAUUGUCUUAUUCUUUUAGUACAUUCCUCUCGGAAAAUGAGUGUGAGCAUCAUCCCAUCAAACGGUGAAAUAUAUGUCGGAGAAACAAAGUAUUUCAUGUGUAAAGGUACAUUUUAACCCAAUUCUCAUCCUUACUGUUACUAAACCCUUUCACUGCCAAAUACGCUAACAAUGUAUAGGGAAAGAUUUCCAGACAGUAAGAAGAUACAGAGAGCAAUAGUUCCAAGUUUUAACAGAGAUUAUUCAUUGGAUUGGGAAUGUUGGAGUCACAGAAUAGUAAAUAUGCCCCAUUAAGCUCUAUUAACCCUGUGUAAACCUUGCUCAGUUACACCAUCAUAACUCUCUGAUCUCUAAGGAUCCAGUCAUGUCCACACCGGCACAAAUGCCAAAACUAAAUAUGUUGGACGAGCCAUGCAGGUAUGAGGUUGUUAGGAACCAGAUUGUAACGACUGAAGGAAUAGUAUAGAGAAUUGACCUUAACCCCUUAAGGACACAUGACAUGUGUGACAUGUCAUGAUUCCCUUUUAUUUCAGAAGUUUGGUCCUUAAGGGGUUAAAAAGCAACUUACUGCUACUGAUAAAAACAAUAUGGAGUAAUAGAAUUGAGUUUUGGCUAUAAUUUACUUUAAUUUGUAUUUCUGUAAUCUGUCCUGCUUUCAGCAAUAAGGAGCUGAUGUUAAACUUUACACCAUGAAUUUGUGAUCUCAUCAAUGACCCAACUGAGACACUGAGACUGUAGGAAUGUGAGACAGUUGCAAUCCCUUGUAUGGCCACAUGGGGGCGGCUGGGAUAUGAGAGUGAUGAUUUAUUUUUAAUGUGGUUACAUUGUUUCACUGUUUGCUAUGAGAAGUUAAUUGGACAUUACUGCAAGCUAUUGAAAUGGACUUAUCCCAAAGUAUUAAAGAAUGAGUUAAACUGUUUCAGAGCAUAACAGACCAUCACUAUGUGUGUUCACUAAGACCUGGAUAUUAAAUGAAGAAUAGCAAUAUUUACUUUAUUUAUUUCAAUUAAUAAUAAGCAUUAAAAAAAAAAAAAACAAUCAAGACAAAUUAUUUGUCAUAAAUAUAAUUAACUGUUCAUCUGAAAGGGUUAAAAACCAUAUUAAUAUUAUUACCUUUAGUUGCUCACUGACAUAGUGAUUUCCUACAUUCAGUCAGUAUUAUUGACUAUUAUGCAGAGAAAAAUUAAAAGGACAUUCCAGUGCUUUAUGUUUGAAAUGUGUCCUUUUUUUUUUUUUUAUUUUACAGAAAUUUUGCAGAUAUUAGCACUUUUAUAAAUGAACCUUGCUAUGCCCCCUGGCUGUCAACCAGACAACCGGUCCUGUUACUUCCUGGUUUAUUUAGCUGAGUAGAGAUAAACUCUAGAGGCUGUGACACACAGGGCACCUGCCUUGCAAAGACUUCUGUUAGAACUGCAUUAGGAAGUCUGUGAUUGGACAGCCACAGAAAGUCAGGGCAGGGUUUGAAGGGGAGGGCUUGCAAAGGCAGCAGACAAGAAAACUGCAGCUUUUACAAGUGAUUUUUCGAUAUAUUCCCAAAGAAAAAAAAAUGCUUAAUUAAAUGCAUGUAUUCAUUUUUGGUUUAUCUACUAAACAGUGAUUUAUUUAUUUUUUUAUAUUAUUUGUUCAUCGUGGUGUCCCUUUAACCUGAACCUCAGUAGCAAAGAAACCUAGCUUAAUACAUUGAAUUUCAAUGCGUGUAUAAUCAGUACCAUCAGGUGUUCCUUGUACUUUGAAACCAUAUCUUCUGCCACUGCAAAUGUUUCUAAUUCCACCUCUAUCCCUGACAGCUACUCAGGAGGCAGAGCUGAAAUGGGUAACCACUGAGGGCGAUUUAGAAGACGAACCUGGACGAUUUGAGACAGAAAAAGUUGAUGAAACUUUGAUUGGUGUUAAUGUAACAUUAUCUAGCAUCGAGCCUGACCAAGUGAUCAAAUGCCAAGGGGAAACUGACUCUGGGGAGUCAUCAGAACAGGAAAUCACACUAUCUGUUAUCCGUGAGUGAUUCCUAACUUAAAAUGUGUGUUUCCAUGAGACAUUUGUAUAUAUUGAUUUAUAAUCGCUUCAAUAGCAGAGGACACAAUGUUUGUCACUGGGUGCACUUUACAUUCCAAACUGGGAAUGAGGGUUCUGCUUAUCAGGACUCCAGUCAAUGGGGGGGAGAGUCCUUUCCAUACUCAUCUCCAUACUCAUCUCGAUUCCCUCCAUGUGUAUAACAUCACUGGUGAAUGUAGAAAUAUCUCGAAUUUUCUAUAAUAUGAACAUACCGUCCCAUCUGUUACCUGGUUACAAUCAUUUGUCGAAUACAUUUUAAGAAAUGGCUGAAGCCACUGAUGGAUCGAUUGCCUUGGCAGUAGCCAGAGAGUGUUUACUUCAGAGGUGCUCGAAGGGUAGAUCCCCAGAUGUUUUAAAACUACAGCUUCAAUGAUGCAUUGCCAUUCUAAAGGCAUGCAAAGCAUUUUGGGACUUGUAGUUAUAAAACAUAUGGGCACCCCUGGUUUACAUCAUUUCAGUAACCCCCUUUUAUUUGCUGCAGAGAGACCCAAGAUUGUUGGAGACUUUGGAUCAAAGAAAGAAUUCACUGCUGGUUCUCUGGUUAAGAUCCCGUGUUUAGCGGAAGGCAUCCCAAAACCCAAAGUCUCCUGGAUGCGCAAUGGAAAAGCAGUGAGCGGGUCUCAAGGUCAGUCUAGAAAGUUAUUAUGUUAGUACGAUUGCCCGUUUCAAAGCCAGCAUCCCAGAGCCUGAGCGAGCAGCUUUGUUAUAGAAUGCACCCUUCUCUGAAAUUCCACGUCAUUUUUCUAGCACUUAGUGGCUGUCAUGUCCUUCCACAUAACAACAGGUCGCAUCUCUGUUCAUGCAGAUGGAUCUCUACAAAUUGACCAAAUCCAGCUGGAGGAUUCCGGGAUCUACAGCUGCGCAGCCUCCAUUGACGUCCGUGGCGAGAAGGACCAAAAAAGCGUGUCUAUUACUGUGAAUGGUGAGAUGCAACAGAUUGGCUCGCAAUGCGUAGUAUGGGAGACAGUUACUAACGUCAUCACACAAUUCCUAGAGUGAGGACCUACAGUGUACUCACUGAGAUAUACAUGUGAAAUAAUAUAUCCGCAGAAAGGAGUUGGAAUAGUUUGACAUGACUGAAGGGGUAGUGGAUACAUGGAAUUCCGAAGUGGGGAGAUUUAAACAUUAAUGGAAUAGAGGUUAUCCUGGACAUAAGACAAUGUCAGAGGUCGGAUACAAUGUGAUGGUUGGGAUAGAGAGAAAAUAUGCAGAUUACAGCAAUUGGCGCCAUCCUUUUUUUAUUCAUUAUUACAUGAUAGGUUUAAAUGACUAAUUGCAGGUAGUUUAACAUUUUAGGCCAAAAUUUUAACUCAGCUAAGUUUCCACUUCACCUGUUUGGGACUAGAAUUUGUAAACUCCUCAAUGAUUGAUUUAGUAAUUAAUUCCCAGUGUGUUUCUAAUUAACACUAACUAUUCAUUACAGAGUUUUUAUCAAUGAAGAAUAAACGUGAACACUAGCUAUACCUUGUAUAUAUCAUUUCGCAUUAUUUCUUUUUUAUUGACACGGUUUGCACAGAUUUAGUAAAUAGCAUUGUCCUGUCUCCGACGACCUCUAACAUACCUUCUUUUUGCUCACAGCGGCUCCAGUUGUACGUUUGCCUAAUAAGCACCUGAAUGCUACCUCGAAAUCAAAUACGUCUCUCACCUGUUCAGUCACAGGAAACCCUGCCCCUCACAUCACCUGGAGAAGGUAUUGUCAUCCUGCUAAAUGUCUCGUUUAAUAAUGCUUUUUUCAGGUCUCUUAUCAGUAAAAUGGAAAUGGUGGUCUUGAGGACUUCCUGUCUCCGAAACAGCCCUGAGGAAUAUAUUUUAACUGGCAGCAUUCCCAGCUGUGGGCACUUAUUUACUAAGCAGCGAAUUCAAGCAGAACUGUUUGUGCCAAUACUGAAUAAUUAUUUUGGCUUUACCUGCAAUGUUGAUGUUACAGGGGGGAACAGCCUGUCCUUCACGAUGGGGAAAAGUAUAUUCUCAGUUCUAAUGGCCAGAAGCUGCUAAUCGUAGAUCUUGAUAAGUCUGAUGAAGGAGAAUAUACCUGCAACGCAACAAACAGCUUGGGAAUGGAGAGCGCGAGCCUAGUUCUAGAAGUUACAAGUACGUCAUGGUUUUAUUUGGUGUUUAUAUGUGUAACUAUUUAUUAUCUCACCCACAAACUCACACAGCACUGGAUACAUUGUGUAAAGUGUAUAAUAAAAAAAUGUUAGCUUAAGUACAGAAGGAAACAGACACAGUAAUUUUGAGGGGUUUGUCUGGCGGUCAAUAAAGACUUUCAGGUUGAGUGGAUAUGAAUAAUAUCCUGGGGUGAAUAGAGAGAAUUGGGUCUUCUAGGUCAACUAACAUCAGAUAAUGUCCUGGUGGACAUUAAAAGAUGGCUCUUUUUGAUCUACUGCUGGGUUGUGGAUACUGACAGUUUAGGACAUAACAUCUCUGUAACAAUUUGAGUUUGUCCUCGAAGUUUCUUAAUGUUUUUUUGGACGUGGUAGGCUGAUUUCUAAAUUCCAUGAACUAUUUGUGCUUAUUUUCAGGUGAACACGAGAAGGGUUUAGGAGCAGGUGUGAUUGUUGGCAUCCUUCUCAUCUUAUUUUUGGUUGUAAUGUUGGCUGUUGACUUGACGUGCUUUCGAACCAGAAGACGUGGUGUUUUCAUGUACAUUUCCACCAACUUGUUGGGGAAGUCCGUUCCAAGAGUCAAGCUUGAAGAAACAGAGGUCAAGUAUGUAUUAUUCUAUCAAUUUGGAUUCUCUGUUAGUAAAUACCCCGUGUGAGCAAAACAGCAGCAUGGGAUCUGCUCUAAUGUUUUGAUUUUUUACUUUGUCUUGUAGGAAAGGGUCUACUGACAAGAACCAGGUAGUAAACAUCUCAGGGAUCGAUGCCUGACACGAGAAUCCCAUUUGUGUUACUGGAGAAAAAACAAAUGCUAGUCACAAAUUUAUCAAAUUUAAAUAGACAUUAAGACGGACAUCCAUUUGGCAAAUAAGGCCCCGUCUCAGUGCCAUCUCUCAUUGUAUGAAGUUUGUGCGUAACCAAAAUAUUGUACAGAAACCAAAAGGGAACUGUACAGACUGGACACAUUCUACACUGGAGACAACACUGCAGCUCAUUCCUUCUCUUUAUAAUCAUAAAACCAUGGAAAAUAGACUCUGAGGAUGAACACACUCACUGCCACAAGGGGAGCCACGUUAAGAUCCGUUUAUUAGCUGAUUGAGUCAUCUAUCUGCCCUUCAAAUCCAAGAUUCAUCCAACAUCACAACUCAGUCACUCAGUAUUGGUAGCAACCACAGUGUUUAAUGGAAAAGGACAUACAGGUUACAAAAUAUCAACUGAAAAACAAAACCUGAUACACAUAUCAUAAAAUAUGGCAGCUAUUACAAGAGAUAUCUUAACACUAAGAUUCAAUAAAAAUCUGUUAUUUUGAUGGAUAAAACCUUUGACAGUGAUAACUCCUGAUAUUCCUAAAUUAACUGGUUUACCGUUCAAUUCAAUGAAGAACCAAGCAGGAAAUAUUAGAUGUUUUAUUUAUUUAAAAAGUAAAAUAUGUAAUAUUCCUGUACAAUAUCCUGCAAUAAAACAGGCAGCAAGGUGUGUUAGGUGACAUCCGUAACCUGUUGUUGCUCUGCCCGAGUUACCUGUCAGACUAUUUAUUUAUUUAUUAUACUUAUUGUUUUUUUUUUAGUGAAUUGAGAGGCAUUAUCCUUUCAAGAAGGAAAUUAUGCUAAAAUCCUUAGAAAUUUUAGGUUUUGCCACGUGUUUAUAACAAAAAGAAUACUGGUGAGAUGAGCUUUGUGAAUAGGUAUGUAAAACACUACACAUUCCUGACUUAUCCAACAUCAUCAUUUACUGAGAAUUACUCCUCAUGAGUCAUUAACAAACAUGAUAUUUAAAAAAAAAACAUAAAGAAAUAAACAUUUAAAAUAUACAAAUACAUGUUUAAAUAAAAAGUCAGAAAAAAAUAGCAUUGCUAAACAAUCCUUAAUGAUAGUCGUAAGGGGAACAUAAGGUCCACCACUAAGGAAAAUGAAUACAAUCUUACCAAUUUCACCCUUUCUGACACAUAUAAUGGGCAUUAGACUCUGUCCUUAGACAUGUGUUGUGUAUCAUUCUGCAAGAAGAUUUGAAAAUGUCUGUGUCAGGUAUAUUAAACAGCUCCUCAUUUUUACAGUGACGGGGAUUAUAGGAGACGUUGUCCAUCAACAUUUCGAACCAUAUUGACCCCCGUAUCCUAGAUCAUUAACUUCUCCAGUCACAAUGUCUGUGUUGCAUUUUGAAAGAAAGGUAUAGUGAUGAAAUACAGGCCAACGCAUUUCACAUAUAGUAAUAUCUGGAUUUACUGCUCAUUUUUUUACCGAUCUGUGUAUAUGUUCUAAACAUACAUCAGCAUUAUAAAUAUAUCUCAAUAGACCUCAGUUUUGAAUGUAAAUCCCCAUCAGGAAAAUAGCUUCCAAAAAUGGGCAAUAUGGCACCAUUUAUUGCAUUAUUAUUCGUAUGAAGAUUGUAGGCUGGUAUGGUCACCUACCUGCUAUUUACCUGUAUAUAUAUUUAUUCUUCCAUUGGGCAGUGCAGUGUACAACUCAAGGAACGCGCAAACUUGUUUUGCUUAUAAGAAUAAUGUGACAUAUCAUUUGUCUGAUUGUGAUUCACGAUGACAUCAUGAUAAGUAAUGAGAUCAUGUACAUAGAAUACACAUUGACUACUAAUUGCAAUAUUUUAAUAAUGCUUGAAAUAAAGUGCUUUCUAUAAAGCUGUGUGUUUUUCUGUUUGUCUCGUGACAUUUCUAGUGGGUGCUCUAGCGUUCACAGCCUGUUAAACCCCGUCAGGGGUAAAAC